AUGGAAGAUAGCAUUCAGCCACAAUUUACCUUGAAAGAAAAACUUGUUAUUUGUUUCUAUGAGUUCUUAGGAACCGCUAUGCUAGUAUUGGGUUACAACUUCACUAGUGCCGGAUUAGCUGUUGGAUUUAACUUGUUCGUUGGAAUACUCAUGUCAGCAAAAGUUUCAGGUGGAAUGUUCAACCCUGCUGUGACAGUUGCUGUAUACACUGCCGAAGGUACAUUCCUUAAGAAUAUUUCACUAAUUCUCAUGAUUAUUGCUUCUCAGAUUAUCGGUGCUUACUUUGGAAUUUUAUAUGCUCAUUUCUGUUUGGGAGCUCCAGCAUUCCUCUGCCCCUACGACUAGGCAACAGGAUGUGUAACAUAUGAUGGAUUCGGUAAAGUUUUCUUAUUGGAGUUUUGGUGUACAUUCUUCUUCUGUUUCUGUAUUCUCUGCUAGGUGCAUACUAAAACUCAGGAAAGUAAAGACGGUAUCCUAUAGGCAGCUUCAAUAGCAUUCACACUUCUCGCAAUGAUAAACACAGCCGGUGCCAUUAGUGGCGGUUGCUUCAACCCAGCAUUCGGAUUAACAUAAACUACUUAUCAAGUUGGCUACAUGAAUUCACAAGGAGAAAGUGGCAUUUAGUAUGCAAGAUACCUGUGGGUCUACAUUUUCGCUCCACUUUUUGGAGGAUUGGCUUCAUCUUUAUUUAUGAGAUUCGUACAUAUUCCAAACCUCCACAAGUGA